GUUUAAAAAUCAUCAACCUGGCAUAGCGGACACAAGUGCUGACUGGACCGAGUGAAAGCGCCCCAAGCUGCUGCGGAAAGGAUGCGGGUGGAUGUCCGUACGCGGAGGACCGGAGCGCACUCGGUGUGCUUACAUUAGAGGCAGUAGAUGGACUUUUCUCGUCUCAUUAACGCUGCAGUGACGGUUGAUUCAAACGAGAAUCCCUUUAUUUGAAUUCAGCUAAACGUGGUAACGAAUUUUACGAAGAAAAACAAACACGCAGGAGAUAAUCACACAAAACUCACAACUAGCUGCUUCCGCUGAAAUACUGUUGGUACAGAUAACAAAACUGGUUUGUUAGCCUCUACGUUUUGCGUCUGUCUUUUCGAUCGGCUGCGAUAAUUUAGUGACAAAGUUUAAAGAUAUACAAACUGAUAGAAUCAAUACGCUGUAUUUUUAAUCCACAGAAAAGACAUCGUGUCUUCAUCAGGUUGAGCCAUAGUUGUUUGUUGGCCUAUUGUUUGCCUUAUCGCGAUGAGACCAUUGUUAUUUUUAACAAGGUAAGAUACAAUACAGUGCUUUUGAGUAUCUUUGCUUAACUGGCCUCAGGUAGCCGGUGUCUGUGCGCAAGCGAGUCAAACAGCUCAUCCUGUUGUCCUAAAUAAUUAAUACAACGCUGUCGUAACCGUUUCUAAUAAUAGUGCUUAAUAGUAUUAGUACGCAGGGUAAGCCCAGAACAAAAUCGCUCUCCUGGAGAUUUCUUUGUUCGUAUGGCAAUAUCAGUGACUUGUGUUAAACCAGGAAAUGAUACACCAUGCGUGCCUUUUGAAAACGCAGCUAGCUAGCUAGUUUAACGUUAUCUCACCAAAGAUACAAGUUCUCUAAUGAACCCAAAGGACAUCUUUCUCGUGUUUACUUUUUUAUUUUUUACAAUAAGAUGGGAAGCUAUUUUUUAGAAGUCUAAGUAACCACAUCGUUGAGUUUACGCUGGUGAAUUACUGUUCAAGCCAUUUGACAAGCCGUUCAUGUGUGUACUUACACAUUUUUGGAACUAUACGGAUGGAUCAUUAAAAUCGAGUUGAGAUUGUUAAUGGCACUUUACACAGAAGAUCACAGCUUGGCUGCCUGUAGCAGCGUGUAACCGGCCGCUGCGCUAGUCCAGCAGCCGCGCUUUUCAAAUUCUCAGCCUAAAUUCUAACCGCACCAGACUGAGCGUAAUGUCCGACGGUCCGAGACAGCGGGGGAGCCCGUCGGCGGCGGCCGGAGACGGGGCCUCCGGCUCCAACAAGGACUCCGGGAGCUCCGGGGUGGCUCUGAAGAAGGAGAUCGGCCUCGUUAGCGCCUGUGGGAUUAUUGUGGGUAACAUCAUCGGGUCAGGGAUCUUUGUCAGCCCAAAGGGGGUUCUGGAGAAUGCGAGCUCGGUGGGUCUGGCGCUAAUCGUCUGGAUUGUGACCGGGGUCAUUACUGCCAUCGGGGCGCUGUGCUACGCCGAGCUGGGCGUCACCAUCCCCAAGUCUGGCGGGGACUACUCCUACGUCAAGGACAUCUUCGGGGGACUGGCAGGGUUCCUGCGGCUGUGGAUCGCAGUGCUGGUGAUCUACCCGACCAAUCAGGCGGUGAUCGCCCUCACCUUCUCCAACUACGUGCUGCAGCCGCUGUUCCCCACCUGCCUCGCCCCAGACAGCGGCCUCCGCCUGCUCGCUGCCGUCUGCCUGCUGCUGCUGACCUGGGUAAACUGCUCCAGUGUGCGGUGGGCGACUCGGGUUCAGGAUGUGUUCACAGGAGGGAAGCUGCUGGCCUUGGGGCUCAUCAUUGUCAUGGGCAUCGUGCAGAUCUGCAAAGGGGAGUAUUACUGGCUGGAGCCGGCUCACGCCUUUGAGAGUUUUCAGGACUACGACGUGGGGCUGAUCGCUCUGGCCUUCCUACAGGGAUCCUUCGCCUAUGGCGGGUGGAACUUCCUCAACUACGUCACCGAAGAGCUGGUGGACCCCUACACGAACCUGCCACGCGCCAUCUUCAUCUCCAUCCCGCUGGUGACCUUCGUCUACGUCUUCGCCAACAUCGCCUACGUCACCGCCAUGAGCCCCCAGGAGCUGCUGGCCUCCAAGGCCGUCGCCGUGACGUUUGGGGAGAAGUUGCUGGGUGUGAUGUCAUGGAUCAUGCCCAUCUCUGUGGCGCUCUCGACCUUCGGAGGGGUCAACGGCUCCCUCUUUACCUCGUCCCGGCUGUUCUUUGCGGGAGCCAGAGAGGGUCACCUCCCCAGCCUGCUGGCCAUGAUCCACGUCAAGCGCUGCACUCCCAUCCCAGCCCUGCUCUUCACUUGUCUCUCCACCCUGCUGAUGCUCUGUACCAGUGACAUGUACACACUCAUCAACUACGUGGGCUUCAUCAACUACCUCUUCUACGGAGUGACUGUCGCCGGGCAGAUCGUGCUGCGCAUCAAACAGCCCGACAUGCACCGGCCAAUCAAGGUUAGCCUUGUGUGGCCGGUGAUCUACCUGCUGUUCUGGGCUUUCCUCCUCAUCUUCUCCCUGUACUCGGAGCCCGUGGUGUGUGGCAUCGGCCUGGCCAUCAUGCUCACCGGCAUCCCCGUCUACUUCUUGGGCGUGUACUGGGACCACAAGCCUCAGUGCUUCAACACCUUCGUCGACAAGAUGACGUACGUGGGGCAGAAGUUCUGCGUGGUGGUGUACCCGGCCGUGGACGACGGCCGAGAUGGAGGGAGCGAGAGAGAGGGGGAUGAAGCGAAGGAGGAGCGUUCUCUUGUUUCGGAGAAGGAGGGGUUAGAGGACGAGUGCUGAGUGCAGUCGCACUGACACAGCAGGGUCAUGUAGAACAAGCUGGGCGCACACACACAUACAUACACGUUCCCACACAAACCAUCAGCUAACCAAAGCCAGCAUUUAUGUUGAGCAUCUAUGCUGUGUUGCUGCCACCUGCUGGCUGUGGUGCAUAAUGCACUUUCAGGG